UGAACUGAAAUUAAAUAAAUAUGAACAGACCCUUACAAUCAAAACUUUUUAUUUUUUUUAUUAAAACUGUGCUAUAAUAACACUAACAAGGUAACCCCAUAACAGUUGGUCACGCACUCACACAGUCACACAUAUAAAAGUUUGUGCUCUAACACAACCCACGUCUCUUUAACUUUAGUUUAUUCAGUUGGAGGAAAAGCAAAAGCAAAAGUAUCAACAAACAAUGAAGGAAGAAGUAAGUGUCCAACUCCUCCUAAAUGCUAACACCAACACUAAUCAUCAGCAUAGACUAAAUGAAGUUGAUGGAAAACCAUUGUCGUCGUCGUCGUCUAUCACUCCUACGCUGCUUCUCUCAGUGUUCGUUACUGUCUUGGGUUCGUUUUCCUGCGGCUAUACUGUGGGAUAUUCAUCACCAACGCAAGCUCAAAUCAUGAAAGAACUUGACCUUUCAACAGCAGAUUAUUCACUCUUUGGAUCAAUGCUUAGUUUUGGAGGAAUAUUUGGUGCUAUAGUAUGUGGUAGGUUAGCAGACUAUUUAGGUCGAAAACAUGCCCUAAGACUAACUGUCUUAAUUUAUAUCUUCGGAUGGUUAUCUAUAGCAACAGGCCAGAGAGCUUGGUUGCUCGACUUGGGUCGUUGGCUGCUGGGUUUUUCAAUGAUAAUUGGAAACUAUGUUGUUCCGGUAUAUAUAGCUGAAUUUGCACCAAAAAAUCUUCGAGGAGGGUUUGUUAGCCUCCAUGCGUUAAUGACAGCAGUUGGAUCAUCAUCAGUUUUUCUCAUUGGACUAGUCACCACUUGGCGUACUUUAGCUCUCAUUGGAACUACUUCGAGUCUUGUACAGAUAGUUGGUCUAUUCUUCAUUCCAGAAUCUCCUAGGUGGCUGUUGAUGAAGAGUAAAACCAAUGCAUUUGAAACAGCCUUACAGCAACUUAGAGGAGGUUCUGUUGUGAACGAAGCAGCUGACUUAAGGGAGAGUAUUGAAGCCCUUCAUCAAGUGGAAAAAGUUAGAUUCCUACAACUUUUUCAGAAGAAAUAUGCUUACACACUCACGGUCGGAAUUGGCCUUGCAGCACUUCAAUGCCUUGUUGGUCUGAAUGGAAUCUUAUUCUAUGCCAGUUCUAUAUUCAAAUCAGCUGGUUUUUCAGCAACAGUGGGAACCAUAGCACUAGCCUUAAUUCAGCUUCCAAGUGUGGGUUUAGGUGUACUUUUGAUGGAUAAAUAUGGAAGGCGCCCCCUUCUAAUGAUUUCGGUUCCUGGGCUCUGCUUAGGUUGCUUUCUAGCAGGCCUUUCAUUUGUAUUUCAGGAGCAUCGCUUGCUGGAUGGCUGCAGUUCAUACAUGGCUCUUACUGGCCUAUUGUUUUAUAUUGCUUCAUAUCCAGUAGGCAUGGGUGGUGCCGCUUCUGUUAUACUCUCAGAGAUAUACCCGUUAAACAUAAAAGGAUUAGCAGGAAGUAUUUGUUCCGUAGUAUUAUGUUUAGCAGGAUGGAUUGUUUCUUACACUUUUAACUUUCUUAUGGAAUGGAGUUCUUCAGGAACUUUUUUCAUAAUGGCGGGUAUCAGUGCAUUUACAAUAGUUUUCGUGGCGAAAUUGGUCCCAGAGACAAAAGGAAGAACACUUGAAGAAAUUCAUGCUUCAACAAGUAAUGUUUGGCAAUGAUGGAAUCAUGGAAGGAGUUUUAUAAGAUAAAGUAGUUUAUUAACUCCGAUCCUUGUUUAUACUUGGUCUAAAGAAUUAGAAUUUGUAAACCCAUUAAAUAUUAUCUUAAUUAAACACGAUUGAUUAUUUAAAGUCUUUCUAAACAAAUCACGUUCUCACCCCACGUCCUUUCAAUUAGCUUUCAUUUAAUAUCCUACAGUUUGAGGAAAAAAAAAAACUAAGGCAAAAGUGUCAACAAUGAAGGAAGAACUAAUUAAGAGUCCAACUCCUUAACAACAAUCACCAGCAGACACUAGAUGAAAUUGAUCGAGGGAAGCCAUGUCCAGCUGCUGCAAGGGACACGUCGUCGCCGUCCAUCACUCCUACGUUGCUUCUCUCGGCGUUCAUUGCUGUCUUGGGUUCUUUUUCCUGUGGCUAUAUUGUAAGAUUUUUUUUUUCUUUUUUCAUCUUGGAUGAUUUAUAAUCUCCAACUCAAGCUAGUUUGUUAAUUUAGUUGUAUAUUAGAUUGUCACGUCAAUGGUGUAAUUUAAACUUAUGUUAAAGGAGUUGACUAUGGUGAA